AUGUCCCCCAAAGACGUGCUACGUAUCAACAACAACAACAACACCUCCAAGCUAACAGACUAUGCAGAGAGGGCACAACAGCACCUAAACUCCUUCGACAAAGAGCUCUCCCGCUACCCCUACCUCAACCAAUUCGAGCAACAAACCAACGUCCCCAAAGUCUACGUCGUCCUCGGCCUCGGCCUAAUCUACUUCUUCCUCAUCUUCUUCAACAUCGCCGGCGAAUUCCUCGUCAACACCGCCGGCUUCGUGAUCCCGGGUUACUAUUCCCUGGAGGCCUUGUUCAGUCGCGGCAAGAGCGAUGACACGCAGUGGCUGACCUACUGGAUCGUCUACGCCUUCUUCACCAUCAUCGAGUCCAUGGUCAACGCCGUCUACUGGUUCCCCUUCUACUACACCUUCAAGUUCAUCUUUGUCCUUUGGAUGGCGUUGCCGCAGACAAACGGCGCACAAGUCGUCUUCCACUCCCUCCUCCAACCCCUCUUCGCCCCCGUCUUCGAGAAGCAAGGCUCCACUUCCUCAAACUUGCGCAGGGAUGCGGAGAAAGUUACCGGCAAGGCUCAGUAG